CCACAUUCAGGAAGUAAGAAAAUAAAUUUCCAGAGUAAAAGCUGCUGAUAAAUCAAUUUUGUAUCACUUCCUGCUGACAUUUUCUGUUUGCUCUGAACGGCGGACGGCUCUUCGCUCUUUCUGCAGUGUUCUUUGGAAACUGAACCAGCAACCAUUCUGUAGCCUCCUCUUGCCGUCAUGCAGCAUCACAGUCUUCUCAUUAUCUUGGCCUUGCUGCCAUUGGCUGUACACCUGGUGGCUGCCAUGGAGACCUGCCAAGCAUCAGGAAUGCCUGGGAUGCCAGGGAUUCCCGGGCUUCCUGGCCGGGACGGUCGAGAUGGAGAGAAAGGACAGAAAGGGGAAUCAGGGGAGUUGUGGAUUGGAGGAGUUGGGCCUCACAAGGGAGAGCAGGGGGAGCCAGGGCUGAUGGGACAUCCGGGUAAACGAGGUCAGAGCGGAGACCGCGGCCCAGCAGGGCUCCCGGGGCUCACCGGACCUCCAGGGGAGCCUGGAGACCCUGGGACUGUGACCGUCCAGCAGCAGGCGGCCUUCAGCGUUGCCAGAGGAACCAACGAAGUCCCUGACAAAUUCAGUGUCAUCCGCUUCACCACCGUCAUCACCAACAUCAACAAUGAUUACAACACACAAACUGGACACUUCAGGUGUCGCAUCUCGGGGACGUAUUACUUUGUGUUCCACGCCUCCUUAGAGGACAGACUCUGUGUGGUGCUGAAACAAGACCAAACCCAGGUGGCAUCCUUCUGCGAUCACCGGCGCGGCAAACGACAGGUGACUUCAGGCGGUCUGGCGGUUUACCUGUCGAGGGAUCAAGAGGUUUGGCUGGAAACUAAAGAUUACAGAGGGAUGAAAGGAAGUCCCAGCGGUUACAGCAUCUUCUCCGGCUUUUUGCUGCUUGCUCACUGAGCCCCAAAAACAAACAAACAUACAAACAAACAGAGAGACACAACAACACUCCAAGUCUGUACAAACAGCAGAAAAAUCAUUUCCACGCUACUUCAAAUCACAUUUUUGAAAUUGUUACUAUUUGCUUUCAUUUACCAUGUUUAUGGUCAUUUCCAGCCACCAUACUUCAGAUUAAUAAAAUAAAGUUUAUAAAGUUGAAAAA